GCCGGCGUCUGCUCGGACAGCCACUGCUGACCCGCUCGGGUUCUGGGAUUUAUUCAGUCGCGGAGCGAUGCUUGUGAUUCUACGGCUCCUCAAAGGCCCUUAGGAGUCUGUUUCUCCAGCAGUCCAGGACCUCCAGCCCCAUGGAGCCCCCGAUCCCACAGACCGCUCCCCUGACUCCCAGCUCAGUCAUGGGCCAGCCCCACCUUGACAGCCGAAUGCCCCACAGCCGGCUCCAGCACCCACUUACCAUCCUGCCCAUCGAUCAGAUGAAGACCAGCCACGUAGAGAAUGACUACAUAGACAACCCUGGGGUGGCACCCCCUGCUACUGGCUCCAAGCGAACCCGGGCCGGGGGCCCUGAGCCCACCCCGAUGCCACCCCGCUGCGACCAAGACGUCACCCACCACUGGAUCUCCUUCAGUGGGCGCCCGAGCUCUGUGAGCAGUAGCAGCAGCACGUCCUCCGACCAGCGGCUUCUAGACCACAUGGCACCACCACCCGUGGCCGACCAGGCCUCCCCGAGAGCCGUGCGCAUCCAGCCCAAGGUAGUCCACUGCAAGCCGCUGGACCUCAAGGGCGGUCCUGCCGCCCCACCCGAGCUGGACAAGCACUUCCUGCUGUGUGAGGCCUGCGGGAAGUGUAAGUGCAAGGAGUGUGCGUCCCCCCAGACGUUGCCCGCCUGCUGGGUCUGCAACCAGGAGUGCCUGUGCUCCGCCCAGAACCUGGUCAACUACGGCACUUGCAUGUGCUUGGUGCAGGGCGUCUUCUACCACUGCACCAACGAGGACGAUGAGGGCUCCUGCGCCGACCACCCCUGCUCCUGCUCUCGCUCAAACUGCUGCGCCCGCUGGUCCUUCAUGGGCGCCCUUUCCCUGGUGCUGCCCUGCCUGCUCUGCUACCUGCCCGCCACGGGCUGCGUGAAGCUGGCCCAGCGCGGCUACGACCGCCUCCGCCGCCCCGGCUGCCGCUGCAAGCACACGAACAGCGUCAUCUGCAAGGCAGCCACGGGCGACGCCAAGGCCAGCGGACCCGAGAAGCCUUUCUGACACUGGGUGGAUGCGCCCGCGAACCCCCGUCCUGGCCCCCCAAGCUAACUCAGCUCCCUUCUGACACCUGAGAAGACCACGGCCAGGCCAGAGGCUUUAGCCUCCUGGGGCCACCCUUGCUCCCCAGCCUUGGAGGAAACAGACCGCCAUUGCCCACCCCUUAAGCCCCCACAGGAGACAGAAGCACUCGGGGAGGUUUAUUUCAGGGUCCUAGAACUUUUGUGUCAGGCAGACUGGUGGGGUGAUGGUGGGGGUGUUUCGGGGAGGAGUGGGGAUUCUUUCAUUUUUCAGAAGCCACAACACAGAUGUGGAUACAUCCAGAGGUCGUAGCAACGUGAAUGCCUUCCCCGCCCGUCCCUCCGCCCUCCCCCUUUCCCACUCUCUGAGCUCCCUAGUUGCUGGCUGCCCACAAGUCAUCUUUAACAUAGUGGCCAGGGCCCCUUGUUAGAAGACCUUUGACAGCUAGCCCCUAUCCUCAUCCUUGCCCCACCCCAGUCUGACUCCCUUCACCUUGGGGAAGGUAUAGCACACCUAGAGGUCCCUGGUGUACAUGGCAGGGGGAGGGGCCAAGGUGGCAAUGCCCUGCCUCCGCUCCCCCCUACCCCCCAGGGCCUGUCCUGGAGAUGGCUUCAGGUGUGGCUCCGCCCGGCAAACGUCUGUCAGGCUUCAUCACUAACUCCGGAGGGCCGUCCACUCCCAAGCUGGCCUUCGGUCCUUUACCGUGCCCCAGGCUCGCCUGCCCACCACGCCUCCUGAGUUCUCUGCUCCGGUCGUGUCGGAAACUUGGUGGGCAGAGACAGCCGGGCCAGCAAACGAGACCAAAUAAUCAUUUUGCCAAUGAGUCUGAGGCUGUGGUCUCUGGACCCAGUCGCUCUGUUUUUAUAGAAUAAUUAAACCAGAUGCUAACGGUGUUUUAAAAAAAAAAUAGAAAACACUUGUUUCCCUUUGGGCCACCCCCAGGAAGGGCUGAUUUUUCACAAUCUGGGGGACAAACAACCUCACGGAACACCACUCCCCCCUCCCCACCGGGAAGAGGAUUUUAACAGCAAAGAAGAGCGGGGCAAGCACAGCUUCUGUUGGCAGAAGGGCAGCCCCGCCGAGCUGGGUUUGGGCUUCUCUUGGUAUUCUGCUCGCGCUCAGCCUUUUGUGGAUAGUGAUGCGUCUGGAUCUUCAAUGUAAAUAGAGAGAUGGUGACAAGUCUGUAUUAGUGUUAGGAGCCCCCCGAGGCAGGGCAUCAGCAGAGCAUGGUGGGAAAGGCUUCGGGUGCUUCCGGGAUGGAGCCCUGCUCCUGGGCCCCAGGCACACUACCCGCUGGCAGCCCCAAGGCCGGAGCAACCCUUUCUCAAGGACUCGGAAAGUACAGCACGGUCCAGGGUGUAGGUACGUGUUGCAUGCAGAAGUUGUCGUGUCUGCUCCUUCCUCCCUAGCUGUUGUGUGCGCCGGCGGGGUGUGUGUGUGUGUGUGUGGUAUUUUGUUCCCCCUUCUAGUAAAAGGAGGUAGCCUGGGUCCGAAGAGCUACCCGAGGUGAAAUUGGAAGCGUGUGUAGGCAGGGCAUUUGUAGACGGACAGAACUGCCUCCCGGUCACUGCCAUUGGCGUGAACACAGUGCUUCUCAAGGACGUUUCUUUUUAUCCAUCCUCUUUUCAUUCGUGACAAGUAGUAGUUAACACCUUAUGCUUUAGAAUAAGUUAAUUGUACCUGUAGGUAUUUAUUGAUUGGAGGAAGGGAGGGGAGGGUCUUAUUAUUUUCGGCUUUAUUUAUGUAACAUUCGCUAGCUUGUAAAAGGCAAACAUGAAAAAUGGCAUCGGUGUUUCCUAAGGCUGAUUCACGAAGCUGGCCUUGCCACAGUUAGGAUGAUGGUAGAGAGACGCAUUCAGCCAACCACUUAACUCUACUAACUGAAUGUAUCCGCUGUAUACUGACAGGACUGGAGAGGCCCUCGGAAUAGGUGUCCAGAGCUUGCCCAAACACCAGAGGGCAUGUGUACUCUCGGCCAGCCUCUGAGCUUUCCCAGUGUCCUGACCGCAAAUCGCCCCCAUGGGAAACAACCCAAUGGCAAAUUGCACUUUGGUAAUCUUGGUGGUCUACGCACCCAUUCUGUGGAGAAUUGAUUUACCAUAUAUAAGCUGUGUAUGCACACAUACCACACACACACACUUAAUCCCACUCUGACCCGCGACCUGCAUAGACUUUGUCUUCAAGCUGAGGCCCUCCUCCUUGAACCCUGACUUUUUGUGUAUAUAGUUGUAAACACGGAUCUUUCUGGGUUUUGGUUUGCUUUAUUUCCCCCCUAUUUUCCCCCCUUUUGGCUUAAGUUUGUGUUUUAACUUGCUUAGAUGGAUGUCUGCAGAACUCUCCCCAGGAGUUUCCCUGGAUGCCCUGUGAGCUCAGUGGUAAAGGGAAGGACUGGAGCCUUGUGGGUUCUCCCAGCUCUCUUGUGUAGCAGUUCCCUCCCUUGUGCCCCCAGCCCCAGCUUCUCCGCCAAAAUGAAAGAAAAAACUGGCCCUUGGGCCUUUAGGCCAGUCAAGGGCCAUUGAGAGGACCAGGCGCUCAGAAAGAGAACCAUUUCUGUGGCUGUUUGUGGUUCCUGUUAACAUCUUUGCUUGGCAGAAUAAUGCCUUGUCUUGACCUGUUUUGAAAGUGGCCACCUGGCUCCUUUUGUACAGCCUGGGGUGGGCAGUGGUUCUGGGCAUGAGGGCCCUUUGCUGGUCCUCCUGGGUCUUAGGGGGCAGCAAAGCUCAUUUAGAUGUCAGGGCAUCGCCAAGGCUUCUCAGAGCAUGUGUCGGGAAAGGGAUCGAAGACUUACACUCUCGGCUGCUCAUCUGGGCCUCUUCCAAGCCGACAGGUGGAGGACCUGCGCCGGAUGCAUCUGGCUCUCCCAGCCCUGCGGAGGCUGCACCAGCCCCCAUCGGACACAGGAGCCGCUGAGGCCCAGGUAGACAAUGGGUCUAGAAUAGACCAAACCACAGAUGACACCACUGAAAGCUGUGUUCUCUUGCCCCCUGCCCCAUACCUGUUGGAUGACUGUGGGCAGCUCAACCCACCAGGGCAUCCGCCAAGCUGCACCGGCCUUUUGCUUUCCUGCCUUUGGUAAGCAUUUUCACACCUUUGCUUACUGUGACAGUCGAUGACGAAUCUGGUGUUGCCUGUUGGUUUGUGGUUUUUUUUUUGCUGUUGGUAACUUCGUGCCGUGUCUUUGCCUUGCUUUUUCUGCGCACUGCCCCACAGUUGGUUCGGUUUCGUGUUACAAACAGAAAAGCUAUCCAAGACCCGCUGCCCGCCCCGCCACACCCCGACUCUAUUGCCCCCUUCACGUAGCCCCUUCUUAGCCCACAACAAAAGUUACCACAGAAGGUUUCCUUUGUAUAGAAUAUUUAUUUUGAAGCUCUAUUUUAAUAGUAUUUAUUUUAGAAAGUCUACUAUUGUAAGAGUUCUUCUGUUUGUGAAGAAAAAACAAGUUAAAAACUGAAUGUA